AUGGCUGAAAAAAAAUUCAGAGGAGCCCCGUUUGGGACACAGCUGAUGAGGUUUGAUGUAUCUGGCAUCUACCCUGCCUUAAAGAAAACAGGGACGUACACAGAGUUUCCUUACUGCAAGACGAGGACAACUGAGCUGGAGAGGAAUCUGGGCCCAGGCAGGUACAACGUGGACACGGGUGACUUCAGUGCCCGAGUCCUGCAGAAGCGGGCAAAGGGUCCGGGCUGGAGGAGAGCGCAGGAGGUGGCCUGGCUGGCAAACGUGCCCCACGUGCUGUAUGAGGAGGCCUGGGAGCACAAGCGCUUCCUGAAAUCAAAAGUAGGGCCUGGAAGCUACAGGAUUGCUGAUUUCAUGGAGCUGCUGCAGAAGAGGCCACGAAGUGUCAGAGGCGUGUGUGAGAGCAGGGAGGAGAGAUUCAAAAGCCUCUAUGCACAGGUAAGUAAGAAGGCCAGUGUAAGCAUAGGCAUGUUGCAGAAUGAGACUCCAGGCCCAGGGAGUUAUGGGAAGGGUGGCAUCCCCUCGGCUGUGCUGGAUGAGAAGAGGAUGCAGUUGACAGGGACUUGUCCCACGAUGGACUUUGGCCCCACAGUGGAGCGAUUACUAGAGCCCAAAAGGGACUGUGGUGUAGGUCCUGGUACCUAUAACUUGAAGACCUCUAUUGACGUACUCCUGAAUCGGCGCUGUGACCACAAAUCCAUCCCAAGUGGACACUUACCUGACCCGAAAGCAUCAAAUGUAGACUCAGGUGAGGAAAUCAGAGGUGUAAGUUCGUUUGUGGAAGAGCUGAACAGACCAGAAAAGAGGAAACAUGGGCUGUUCAGCAGGAUGUGUCGGAACCCUGAGUGUCCUACGGAGAGGAUUUAUCACAGUACCCUGGCCCAAUGCCCUCGCCCAGCGUCGUUUCCUGGGCCUGGCUGGUACACCGUACGCCCCUUGUCUGGAGCAGUAAAUCGGGAUCCACCUCCUUUCCAGUCUUCCGCCCCUCGUAACAGUGAGAGGGCAGAGAGACUGCAGAGCGGCAACCACAACAACCGCAUUCUGGGUCCAGGAACAUACAACAUUGCCAAGAAAGAUCAACGAACAACAUUACACAGCCAUCAUUCUGCUUUCAAGUCACGUACGCAGAGAUACCUCCACAACCCAGAGAGAGACAAGUUUAACCAGGAGAGACUGCAACCCAUACACUUUCCCGUAAACAAGGGGUCUUAGCUGAAGUCCCAGGACACAUCCACCCGCUGAGAAAGCCUUAACUGGUGGCCCCAGAUGCACUCACCCGCUGGGCUCAGAAGUCAGAGCUGAGAGGUCUUAGCUGGUGCCCUGGCAUACACUCACCCACUGACUGAGCUCAUCAGCUUAUUGAAUCAGAAUCACCACUAGGAAGAGUUUGGAUAAGCACAUGCGUUUGUGUCCUGUAUCCAAGUUACAGAGUUACAAUGAUAAUUAUAAAGUCAUGUUUGAAAUGUAGGAAAGAUGACCAAACUUACAACACACGUAAAAUACACAGCGAUACUUUACAGUUUUUAGUUUCACAUCCAAAACAUUUGGAUACAGCAAACUGCAGAAAACUUCAAUCGUGUGGUGCAUUGUAGUGUAAAAGGACAUAAAACCACAGAUAUUUUGUGAAUGGAUCAUGAUUUUAUAAAUGUGCUGAAUCUGGGGUGAUAAAGAAAUUGGUGAGCUUUAGGGUGCUAUUUUUUAGGCACUGCCCCAGUGCCCUUGAGCAUGAGACAAAACUGAAUUGUUUCACCAAAUACCCAGCUGUGCAGUUGGAAACCAUUUAAAAUGUAAGCUGAAUAUGGCUCUCUGGAUUAAGUAUGUCAAGAAGAUUUUCCAGAUAAAUGUGUGAUACCUCCAUAGUCCAGCAAACACAUAUUUCUGUCGUCUUCUGGCUUACAGUGAACUCAUUUAUCACAAAUUAUUUUUAUUGCUGUGUGCUGUGUUGUGUGUCUUAUGCAUUUUUUAUUUUUUAAUUACUGGACUUAUUAUGUACAUCAAUGACUAUCUUUUUCAUUCUAUAUUUCAAUAAAUCUAAAAACGCUUCGCCUUCUGCCAUGGCCGGAGUGGGAAAAAC